AUGCCCUCCCACUUCGACACUUUACAACUACACGCUGGCCAAGAAGACUUCAAGGAAAAUGCUCACAAUCCAAGAGCGGUCCCUAUCUACGCGUCCUCUUCUUUUGUUUUCAAUGACUCCAAGCACGGUGCUCAAUUGUUUGGAUUGGAAACUCCGGGAUACAUGUACUCCCGUAUAGUGAACCCCACAGUCGACGUUCUUGAAAAAAGAAUUGCCGCCUUAGAAGGAGGUGCCGCUGCCCUGGCCCUCUCCUCCGGCCAAGCUGCCCAAACCUUGGCUAUCACUGGUCUAGCUCAUGCCGGUGACAAUAUUGUGUCUACUUCCUUCUUGUACGGUGGCACUUACAAUCAAUUCAAAGUUGCGUUCAAAAGACUUGGAAUUGAAACCAGAUUCAUCGAAGGUGAUGCCCCAGAAGAUUUCGAAAAGGCCUUUGACGACAAAACUAAGGCUGUGUAUCUUGAAACUAUCGGCAAUCCCAAGUACAAUGUGCCCGAUUUUGAGAAAAUUAUUGCGGUAGCGCACAAACACGGUAUCCCCGUCGUGGUGGAUAACACGUUCGGUGCCGGUGGUUACUUUGCGCAGCCCAUCAAGUAUGGUGCUGACAUUGUCACACACUCUGCUACCAAGUGGAUCGGUGGGCACGGUACCACUAUUGCAGGUGUUAUCGUUGACUCCGGUAAGUUCCCAUGGAAGAACUAUCCUGAAAAAUUUCCGCAAUUUUCGAAGCCUUCCGAAGGGUACCAUGGCUUGAUUUUCAACGAUGCGCUUGGCCCCUUGGCUUUUAUUGCGCAUGUUAGAGUUGAAUUGCUUAGAGAUUUGGGUCCUGCCUUGAAUCCAUUUGCCGCUUUCUUGCUUCUCCAGGGUGUCGAAACCUUGUCUUUGAGAGCUGAAAGGCAUGCUUUGAAUGCUCAAAAGUUGGCCGAAUACUUGGAAAAGUCACCAUACGUUUCAUGGGUUUCUUACCCAGGGUUGCCUUCCCAUUCUCACCAUGAAAACGCCAAAAAGUAUUUACAGAACGGUUUUGGAGGUGUACUUUCAUUCGGAGUUAAAGAUUUGCCCGAAGCUACUAAAGAGGACGAUCCUUUCAAGGCCUCCGGUGUUCAGGUUGUAGAUUCUCUCAAGGUGGCUUCUAACUUGGCGAAUGUGGGAGAUUCUAAAACCUUGGUUAUCUCUCCCUAUUUCACAACUCACCAACAACUUACGGAUGAAGAGAAGCUGGCUUCUGGUGUAACCAAGGAUUUAAUCCGUGUUUCUGUUGGUACCGAAUUCAUUGACGACAUUGUUGGGGACUUUGAACAAGCCUUUCAAAAAGUGUUCCACGGCAAAAACUGA